AUGAGCACCUCGCUGUUGCCGCUGCUGACUCUGCUGUCCCUCCUCUCCGGCCCGUGGCUCGAACUAGGGAAUGGGCAGAUGACCAACAUGGUCCAGCUACCAGGUGGGAGAUUCCAGAUGGGAACAAAUUCACCAGAUGGCAGAGAUGGUGAAGGACCUGUCCGGGAGGUGACGGUAAAACCCUUUGCCAUCGACAUAUUUCCUGUCACCAACAAAGACUUCAGGGAGUUUGUCAGGGAGAAAAAGUACCAGACAGAGGCUGAGGUGUUUGGGUGGAGCUUUGUCUUCGAGGACCUUGUCUCUGAUGAGCUUAGAAACAAAGCAACCCAGAAAAUGCAGUCUCUCCUCUGGUGGCUUCCAGUGGAAAGGGCGUUCUGGAGGCAGCCUGCAGGUCCCGGCUCUGGCAUCCGAGAGAAACUGGAGCUCCCAGUGGUACACAUGAGCUGGAAUGAUGCCCGUGCCUACUGUGCUUGGCGGGGGAAACGGCUGCCCAUUGAAGAAGAGUGGGAGUUUGCUGCCCGAGGGGGCUUGAAGGGUCAGGUUUACCCCUGGGGAAACGAGUUCCAGCCAAACCGCACCAACCUGUGGCAGGGAAAGUUCCCCAAGGGCGACAAGGCUGAGGAUGGCUUCCACGGAGUCUCCCCGGUGAACGCUUUCCCCCCACAGAACAACUACGGGCUCUUUGACCUCGUGGGCAACGUGUGGGAGUGGACAGCGUCACCAUACCAGCCUGCCGACCAGGACAUGCGUGUCCUCCGGGGGGCGUCCUGGAUCGACACGGCGGACGGCUCUGCCAAUCACCGGGCCCGGGUCACCACCAGGAUGGGCAACACUCCAGAUUCAGCCUCAGACAACCUAGGCUUCCGCUGUGCUUCCAGUGCAGGCCGACCACCUGGGGAGCUGUGA